AGCGCCGAUUUCAUUACCUAAAUGAGGAGUCAUGGAUUCCUAGUAGUUUUUGCCGCACAUUACAUUACCCUAUCCACUAACAUCCCCCAAUCUACUUGCCCAAAAUGUGGUUUUUUGCUUUCACACCAUUGCAUGAGGGUGUACUCGUGAGGAGUAUUAUACACAAUAAACGGGCUUUUACCAUUGUAUAUAUGGCAUUGACUUGUGCGACCUUUCUUGAUCUAGUCAAUGGUUGCUCAUGAGAGUCAGUAGCAUAAAUUUGUUCUCAUGUCUUUUGGACGACAGGCUGUAGUAAGGACGGCCAUGGUUGAGACGAACACGGGUAGCGGUGAUGCCGUUCAGGCUAGCGCUACGAAUUCAGCAGCACCAGAACACGCACCCACAUCACACUCGGAAAAGGCUGGACAAGACUACCCACAGCCAAACUUGAACCCGGAGCUGUUCGUCGUUGCCAGCAGGGACCCGGCUGUCGAGGCGGCUAGCAAGAAAGCCGGCGCCGGUUCCGGGAAAGAUGACGAUGCUCCCAACAGGGGCGAUGACCCAGACGAGGAGGAUGAAGAGGAGGAGACGUACCCUGAAGGCGGACUGCGCGCUUGGCUCGUUGUCCUUGGAUCUUGGAUGGCGCUCGUGUCAUCACUGGGUCUUAUGAACACCAUUGGAGUGCUGCAGUCAUAUGUUGCGCAAAAUCAACUAUCCAGCUACUCUGAGGGCACCGUCGGUUGGAUCUUUUCGAUAUAUACCUUUUUGUCCUUUGGGAUGGGGCUUUACAUUGGUCCUAUAUUCGAUAAAUAUGGGCCGCGGUGGCUGAUAUUACUCGGAACUGUGUUGCUGGCUGUGGGCACCAUGAUACUCAGCAUAUGCACCGAAUUUUGGCACUUUGUCAUCGCCUUCGGCCUGAUUGAUGGCCUGGGAACCGCCUUCAUGUUCACGCCCGCCAUCACCGCCAUAGGCCAUUGGUUCCGUGACCGCCGGGGCCUGGCAACGGGCAUCGCCUCCACAGGCGGCGGCGUCGGCGGUGUCGUGUUCCCACUUCUGCUGUCGGACCUCUUCGAGAGGGUGGGCUGGGCAUGGGCGGUGCGAGUGCUCGGUUUCGUGAGCAUCGCGCUGGCAGUUGCGGCCAACUUCCUGAUCCGAUCCCGGCUGCCACCGGCCAAGAACGCCAGCGCACACCCGGACCCGCGCAUCUUCCGCAACGUCGCCUUUUCGCUGACGACGGCAGGCAUCUUCCUCAUGGAGUUUGCGCUCUUCAUCCCGCUGGGCUACAUAUCACUGUACGCAAAGGCGCAGGGCUUCUCGGCGGCGUUUUCGUUCCAGAUCCUGACCGUGCUAAACGCGGCUUCGGUGCUGGGCCGGGCGCUGCCGGGCUGGUGGGCAGACAUCAUCGGUCCCGCCAACGCAAACAUCAUCGCCAUCCUGCAGUCACUCAUCGCCUGCCUGGCCAUCUGGCUGCCGGCGGGCGGGACGACGGCGGGCAUCGUCGUCUUUGCGAUCCUGUUUGGGUUCGCGAGCGGGACCAACAUCAGCCUCACGCCGCUCUGCAUCGGGCGGCUGUGCAAGACGCAAAACUACGGCCGCUACUACGCCACGGCUUACACACUCGUGUCGUUUGCCUGCCUGGUCGGCAUCCCGAUCGGCGGCAAUAUCCUGGCCGCGUGCGGCGGCGACUACUGGGGCUUGAUUGUGUUUACGGGCCUGUUGUAUCUGCUGUCGCUAGUGUUUUUCGUGUCGGCAAAGGUUUAUUCUGUAGGGUGGAAGCCUUGGGUUUUCUUUUGAUUUGAAGGAGGGGUAGUAAACAUGGUUUGGCUUGUGAGCUGUAGUGGAAUUUUUCUUUCUUUUUUUGGCGGUCAGUUCUGGUGUAUUGCAGGCAUAUAUUACAGGCAUCUUGCAGGCAUUUUAUAGGCGUUUUCGGAGGACAAAAGAAACCAGAUGAGAAAACAAACUCAACAGCUCUUCUGUGUCAUUUGUCUUUUUUCUUCUUUGGGAUAGAUAUUAUGAGCGAUUUUAUUCAACAAUCCAGAUAUCAAUUGAAUCUUGCCA